AUGGUGGCCGCAAAGCAGACGAAACAGUCGCUGGAGUGCAUCAACUCGAGGCUCCAACUCGUUAUGCAAAGUGGAAAAUACAUGCUGGGCUGCAAGCAGACGCUGAAGAUGAUCCGGCAAGGCAAAGCGCAACUAGUCGUCCUGGCCAACGACUGCCCGGCCUUGAGGAAACCGGAAGUCGAGUACUACGCCAUGUUGGCCCAAACUGGUGUGCAUCACUACAGCAGCCACAACAUCGAGGUGGGCACGGUGUGCGGCAAAUCCUACAGCCUGUGCAGGCUGGCCAUCAUCGACCCCGGUGAUUCUGGUAUCAUUCGUAGCAGGCCAGAACAGACUGGCAAAAAAAUAAAUCCUGCAAUAUUUUUCUUUAAUAAAACUGACCAGAACUUGUUUAAAACAAAACAAAAAACAGAUUUAUAG